AUGCCGCUAACUUCAGGCGGAUUGUCCGCUGCCGUUGGGGGCAUUGCCGCCGCCGCUGCGUACAUAGAUGCCAAACUCCAUCUUCGCAAGGACCUUGGCUUUCUGUCCCGCAUGAAGCAGGGGGAGCGGAAUUACGCCAACGCAGUCAAGGCCAAGAGGGGGUCGGGAUACUUUUUAUUCGAAUCUGCCGUCCAACGGCACCCCGACGAGCAAUGUGUCUGGUCCCGCCAAGGAGUAUACACCUGGUUGGAAGCAUACGAGCGUGUCUCCCAAUACGGUCAUUACUUCCAGGAGCUCGGAGUUCAGCCUCAGCAGUACGUGGGCGUGUACCUGUACAACAGUCCUGAUUUUCUGUUUGUGUGGUUGGCGUUGCUGUCAAUCGGAGCUGCCCCAGCACUCAUCAACUACAACCUUGCCUCUGGGGCCUUGAUGCAUUGCGUGAAGCUGUCGCGCACCAAGUUUCUCCUUUACGACUCUGCGCCGGAUUGCGCCUCGAGAAUUCAGGCAUCGGAUACAGAGCUUCGCGGCCUGGGCGUGGAGCCCAUCAUUUUGAAUGAUGUUUUUAGGAACGGGCUUGCCAAAUAUCCCCGGAAUCGACCUAGCACCACUUGCUUCGAUGAUCCCAAGCUGGCUCUGCCGCUAGCGCUCAUGUAUACGAGUGGCACGACUGGCCUUCCCAAAGCUUCAGUGAUGAGCCUUGUUAAAAACUAUAUUUCCUCUUCCAUCACGACAAAACCCUUGGGGCAGAAAUCCGGGCCAGGACGCGAUAGGACGUAUUAUUGUAUCCCGUUGUAUCAUGGCACCGGUGGACUGGCCGCCAUGAACGAUAUUAUGAGCGGGCUACCAGUUGCGUUGGCACCCAAGUUUUCGCUUUCUAGAUUUUGGGAAGACUGCAUUGACAGCAAAGCUACUAUAUUUGUAUACGUCGGUGAGCUCGUCAGAUAUUUACUGUCAGCUCCACCGUCGUCAAACGACAAGAAGCACCAGAUCAGGCUGGUCUGGGGAAAUGGACUCAGCCCUGAACUUUGGUCCAACUUCCAGGAGCGCUUUGGAGUGUCCGAGAUUGGCGAGUUUUACUCCAGCACAGAAGGCGUCGUAUUCCUUGUUAACCACUACAGAAGCGGUUAUGGUUUAGGAGCAGUAGGUCAUCAUGGCUGGCUGCUUCGGCGUUGGUACCAUAACAUGCUUGUGCCUGUAAAGAUUGACCCCGAAACUGGAGAUGUAUGGAGAUCGCCAGAGACUGGACUGGCCCAGCGCUUACCAUAUGAAGAGGGCGGGGAGCUUCUCGUCAAAUUGCUCUCCAGGGAAGCAUGGGCUGGAUACUACGAGGCCGACGAGGCAACGAAGAAGAAAUUAAUGUUUGAUGUAUUCGAGCCGGGUGAUGUUUACUUUCGAACUGGCGAUGCUCUUCGUCGAGAUAACAAUGGCCACUGGUACUUUCUGGACCGGCUAGGCGACACGUAUCGCUGGAAAGGGGAAAACGUUUCAACGACAGAGGUUACACAAGUGCUCGGCACGCAUGGGCAAAUUGCCGAAGCAAACGUUUACGGCGUCAAAGUUCCCUCCCACGAUGGUCGUGCCGGCUGUGCAGCCGUCACGUUCAAGACAGGGGACGCGGACACAUUUGACUGGGCCGGUGUUGCCGGUCUGCUUCGCCGGGAGUUACCCUCUUAUGCUGUGCCCAUCUUCAUCCGGGUGCGCCAGGGCGUAGGCAGCAUGAGCACGGAUAAUUACAAACACAACAAGGUACAUUUGCGGGAUGAAGGGGUCGACCACGAGGCUCUGGGAAGCAAGGUUCCGGAUGGCAAAGGGGACAGACUUUUCUGGUUACCGGCAGGGUCGGCCGGAUAUGUUCCGUUUACACGGGGUGACUGGGAUAAAUUGACGCAACUGCGGGCUCGAAUCUGA